AUGGCCUCCUCCACCAACUUCGGAGCGAGCAUAGUACCUCCAACCAAGGAAGCCCACACCGACCUCACCAUCCCUCCCGCCUUCGACUCGCCCGCCCUCACCCCAGCAGCCUCCCGCGAAGACCUGGCAGAUGCCUCCACCGAUCACCAACGAGUCCCCAUCCACUCGCCCUUCUACACCCACCCUCCCGCCUCCUUCGAGCGAAUCCACAGCCGGAACAACAGCACGGCUACCCCUGUCGCCAACGAGAAAGAUGUCGAGGCCGGGCUAGCGACACCCCUCACCAACCACCCCUUCCGCAGCAAAGUCAGCAUCGACUGCAGCAAGGAAUGCAAGAUGUGGCCGUCCAAGCAGACGCUCGUGGCGAGCAAGAAUGCGGAGAAAAAGCGGAGGCGCGAGAACCAGACGUGUGGCCAUCUGGUAGGGCCGGUGCAGGAUUGGUGGGGGCUGAAGACGAAGAGGCAGAGGCUGAUUAUGAAGAUCAUGCUUGCAUUGUUUGUGCUUGGGGUGGUGGUAGCGAUUGCGGUGGGGAUUACGAUCGCGGUCAAUGGGUCGGUGUAUGUGAGUGACAAUCACUCUGAGAAGAUCCCGGAGCCGGACGCGAGUAAGUAA